GUCCCCGGCCCUCCCCGCCCCCACUUUCGCUGUCUCCCGCUCCGCCGACUGCAGAUUUCUCGUCCACGUGUCUUCCGCUCUUCUCAGCACCAGACACUGUCCCUCGUCACCAUGGCUGAACUUGACACGUUGGACGUUAUCGUCCUGGCCGCCAUCCUCAUUGGGACGGUGGUCUAUUUCACCAAGGGCAAACUCUGGGGCGUUACCAAGGACCCGUACGCGAGCUCGUUUGCGAAUGCGAAUGGCGCCAAGGCGGGCAAGACCCGGAACAUCAUCGAGAAGAUGGAGGAGUCCGGGAAGAACUGCAUCAUCUUCUACGGUUCGCAGACCGGCACCGCCGAGGAUUACGCCUCGCGGCUGGCCAAGGAAGGCAAGAGCCGCUUCGGACUGGAGACCAUGGUCGCCGACCUCGAGGACUACGAUUACGACAACCUCGACGCCCUUCCCAGCGACAAGGUCGUCAUGUUCGUGCUGGCAACCUACGGCGAAGGCGAGCCGACAGACAAUGCGGUCGACUUCUACGAGUUCAUCACCAGCGAGAGCCCGUCUUUCUCUCUCGACAACGACCCUCCCCUCGGAAACCUCAACUACGUGGCCUUCGGGCUGGGCAACAACACGUACGAGCACUACAACUCCAUGGUCCGCAAUGUCAACAAGGCCCUGCAGAAGCUCGGCGCCCACCGCAUCGGAGAGGCUGGCGAGGGCGACGAUGGCGCUGGCACCAUGGAGGAGGACUUCCUGGCUUGGAAGGACCCCAUGUGGAAGGCUCUGGCGGAAAAGAUGGGCUUGGAGGAGCGCGAGGCUGUCUACGAGCCCAUCUUUGGCAUUGUUGAGAAGGACGAUCUGACCCCCGAUGCGCCCGAGGUCUACCUCGGCGAGCCCAACAAGAUGCACCUCGACGGCACCCCUAAGGGUCCCUUCAACGCGCACAACCCUUACAUCGCGCCGAUUCAGAAGUCCUAUGAGCUCUUCAAUGUCAAGGAUCGCAACUGCCUGCACAUGGAGGUCGACAUCAGCGGCUCCAACCUGAGCUAUCAGACCGGCGACCACAUCGCUGUCUGGCCUACCAACGCCGGCGAGGAGGUCGACCGCUUCUUGGAUAUCUUCGAUCUCACCGACAAGCGUCACCGUGUCAUCGGCGUCAAGGCCCUGGAACCCACCGCCAAAGUGCCGUUCCCGACCCCGACCACCUUCGACGCCAUCGUUCGCUACCACAUGGAGAUUUGCGCUCCCGUUUCGCGCCAGUUUAUUGCUACGCUUGCGGCAUUCGCCCCCGACGAGGAAUCCAAGGCCGAGAUGACCAAGCUCGGUAGCGACAAGGAUUACUUCCACUCCAAAGUCAACGCUCAGUUUCUCAACAUCGCGCGUCUCCUAGCCAUCGUCAGCAAGGGCAAGAAGUGGACUAACGUUCCGUUCUCGGCUCUCAUCGAAGGCCUCAACAAGUUGCAGCCUCGUUACUACUCGAUUUCUUCGUCCUCCUUGGAACAGCCCAAGCUCAUCUCCAUCACCGCGGUGGUCGAGUCGCAGGAACUGCCCGGUCGUGAAGACCCAUUCAGGGGCGUCGCGACAAACUAUCUCUUGGCUCUCAAGGAAAAGCAGAACGGCGAUCCCAACCCCACGCCUUACGGUCUGACCUACGAGAUCACGGGUCCUCGUAACAAGUACGACGGCAUCCACGUCCCGGUCCACGUGCGCCACUCGAAUUUCAAACUUCCGUCGGAUCCCACGAAGCCCAUCAUCAUGGUAGGCCCGGGAACCGGCGUGGCCCCCUUCCGAGGAUUCGUCCGCGAGAGGAGAAAGAUGGUCGAGAACGGCCAGGCUGUCGGGAAGACGAUCCUCUUUUUCGGUUGCCGGAAAUCGACCGAGGACUUCAUGUACGAGAAAGAGUGGGAGGUGCGUGGUCUUUCCUCGACGUUUUUCGCUUUGCCUUCAAGAGGUUCUCUUCUUUGCUGACUGAGGUUGCAGGAGGCCAAGCAAGUCCUCGGCGACAAGUUCGAGAUUGUGCUCGCGUUCUCUCGAGAAGGGCCCA